UUUGGCUUGAAUUCUACACUUCCAUCUUCAUCUUGUUCCAGCUGGUUCAGGGAUGGCUGCAGGCACAGCAGCCACAGCUCUUCUUCCUCCGGUGAAGAACGUGGUGGUCUACAAGAACGGAGACCCCUUCUACAGCGGACGCAGGUUUGUGGUGAACCAGCGACAGGUGGCCACCAUGGAGGCCUUUCUGAACGAGGUGACCCAGAGCAUCGGGGCCCCGCUCGCCGUCAGGAACCUGUACACCCCCAGGCAGGGCCACCGGGUCAUGGACCUGCAGGACCUCCAGACCGGAGCCCAGUAUGUGGCAGCUGGAUUUGAGAGGUUCAAGAAACUGGAUUACCUGAACGUGGGAGUGAAAAAGCAGCCUGUUGCCCGAGAAGAAACCCAGGUCAGAUUAAUCCAGAAGCCAAAUGUUGCAGCCAAAUGGAGGAAGUUCAUCCCUUUACCCUGCAUCAUACAUGUUUUCCGAAAUGGAGACGCGCUGUGUCCACCGUUCCGGUUCAUCAUUCCCCGGACCAUGCAGCAAGACCUGGAUCAGAUCUUGAGUUUAGUGUCAGAGAAAGUGAGCUUACGGACCGGAGCCGUUCGCAGGUUGUGUUCUCUAGAAGGAGUCCCUGUGUCCUCGGCCGGGGAGCUGGAGACCGGACGCUGUUACGUUGCUGUAGGAACCGAAAGAUUCAAGAAACUUCCAUAUGUGGAGCUGCUGGUGUCAAAAGCAACAGAAAGGUUUUACCCUGGAAAAAGACGGAUGCUGAGGAGAAAUGAAAACAGAAAAGCAGAAAGUGGUCCUGAAGAUCAGUACAGUGACUCAGCUCUCCUUGACUCUCCAGAGUCAGAUGGACGCAGGGUAAAGUCAACAGGGGAUGAAGUUUCUCCUCCAGAUGCCACCCAUCAGAGGAGCAGGAGGGAGGGAGCAGAGGACGCCUCGGUGUUCUUCGCUAGACCGGUCAAGAUCCGCAAAAACCGAGCGCAACUCAGUAACGGACCUGUCAGGCCUAGUGUUUUUAAAAGGACGGGGAGGAAGCGGAGGGAGGAGGUCCGAGGAGCUGAGGAGGUGCAGGAAGAUGAAAACACAGCCACUGAGCUUCCUGUUGAUCAGAGAGUGGCAGAAAUAGUGGAAGAUGAGGAACUGAAUGGCACAGACCAUCCACUGAACAACACAAUGCAGGCUGUGACGUCUGAAAAAGACAAAGCGAAACAGGAGACGAUGACAGAGACAAAAAACUCCACCAGAGCCGAAGAACCUGCUGCUGAAACACUGGAGCCUGAGCUGAAGCAAACGCCCCCAAAGUCAAGUCCGCAAUCCUCACCGCCAAAGGAGGUUCAAGGAGAAAAGGACGCCCCAUCAGUGACAGCGGAACAGAAGCAUCAUCAGGAGGAGCUUGUGACUGAUGACAAGAGAGGAUUUAAAGAGGUCACAUCAUCGUAAUAUCCCUCAACAACCGAAUCACAGCCACAAGCACGGCAGAUAAACAACCACUCACACUGCCUCCACAUGAACUCUGUGGCUUGAUGAAUGUUAAACUGUGACGAUGAGCCAAGAAAC